AUAAAAGCUAUUGAGGGGUAUAAUGUUUAUGGCCUUGAAGCUUUCGAUAUGUGUUUGGUUCCUGAUGUGACUAUCCCUGCCAAAUUCAAGGUUCCUGACUUUGAAAAAUACAAGGGCAACACAUGUCCUAAAAAUCAUCUAACUAUGUAUUGCAGAAAAAUGGCAUCUCAUGCUCAUAACGAUAAACUUCUCAUUCACUUCUUCCAAGACAGUUUGAGUGGGGCAUCGUUAAGUUGGUAUAUGCAUCUUGAGCGAAAUCAAAUUCGUUCAUGGAAGGACCUAGCUGAUGCCUUUUUGAAGCCAAUAAGGUACAACGUUGACAUGGCCCCUGAUAGGAUGCAAUUGCAAAAUUCACUGAAAAAGGACAGCGAAGCUUUCAAAGAAUACGCACAACGGUGGAGGGAAAUGACCUCACUAGUAGAACCCCCAUUAUCUGAAAGAGAAAUGGUUGGUAUGUUUAUGGAUACUCUCCAGUCGCCUUUUUAUGACAAGAUGAUUGGGAGUAUGUCAUCAAACUUUUCUGACCUUGUCAUGAUAGGAGAAAGGAUAGAAAGUGGGAUGAGGAGUGGCAAGAUCGUAUGUGCAGCAACUAGCGUGAAACGAUCCCAGAUGACAUUCACAAAAAACGAUCCCAGAGAGGACAAUCCCAACAUAAGGAGCAAUCCUGUGCCAGGCCACGGGAAUGCUUCUGCGAAUGCCAUUGAAGAUGGGAUAGACCAAUAUGCAAUAGAUGAUCAUCAACCAAGUGAUGGUUGUGAACCUAAAGGAACUGAUGUCACUAACAUCUCAGGGAUUGGUGGAAUGACUCGGGGUGGUCGUAUAUACACUCCUGAACAACUUAGGAAAAAGGAGGUUCAUGGAGAAAAAGGGAUAGAAGAUAUGUAUUAUUCCAUAAAAGGACAAGAGACCAGCAAAAAGACGGUGUCUGAAGAAGAAGCAAAUGAAUUUUUGAAGUUUAUCAAGCAAAGUGAAUAUAAGGUGGUGGAUCAGCUAAAUCAAACCCCUUCCAAGAUAUCAGUUCUCUCCUUGUUAUUAAACUCUAAAGCACAUAGAAGAGCAGUGAUGAAAGUUUUAAAUGAAGCCCACGUUACUCACGAUAUCACUGUCGAUCAGUUUGAUGGAGUUGUCGGUAACAUCACUGCUAGUAGUUGCAUGAGUUUUAGCGAUAAUGAAUUACCAGCUGAAGGGACAGAUCAUAAUAAAGCACUACACAUCUCUGUGAGGUGUCACAAUCAUAUUCUUGCACGAGUGCUAGUAGAUAAUGGUUCAUCAUUAAAUGUCAUGCCUAAAUACAUGUCAAAACUAUUUGCUGAGGGAGCCUGUUUGAAGCCUAGUGCUUUGGUGGUGAAAGCGUUUGAUGGAUCUAUAAGACAAGUGAUUGGUGAGAUUGACCUGCCAAUUCAAAUCGGACCCCACAUCUUUGGGAUAACCUUCCAAGUAAUGGAUAUUAAACCGGCGUACAGUUGUCUUUUAGGGAGACCAUGGAUUCAUGCUGCUGGAGCAGUGACAUCCACUCUCCAUCAAAAGCUAAAGUUUACAGUGAACAAUAAGCUGAUAAUAAUAUCUGGGGAAGAAGAUAUGAUAGUAAGUCAUUUAUCUUCUACAGGCUACAUUGAAGACACGAAGGAAGCCAUAGAGACUUCCUUUCAAGCAUUAAAAAUUGCCAAUGUUGUCUUCAUGGGUGAAGGAUAUCGUUUAAAAGAACCAAAACAAUCUACCAUAUCAUUGAAGUCUACCAAAUCCAUGUUAAAAGGAGGAGUUUUUCUCAAUUUGGGGAAGUUGAUAGAAAUACCAGAAAAGAACAAUAGGUACGGGUUGGGAUAUGUACCUACUCAAGCUGAUGAAGAAGAGGAUUGUGAAGACGAUUGUGAGCUUCCCCCAGAACUAGAAAGCUUAAUUGAACGGGAAGCUAAGAUAAUCCAACCCUAUCAAGAACCUGUUGAGGCGAUCAAUUUAGGGACUGGGCAUGAUAAAAAAGAAGUUAAAGUUGGUAUGUCUAUGAAAGAAAGUGAGCGAGAAAAGUUGGUUAAACUUUUAAUUGAUUAUGUGGAUGUCUUUGCAUGGUCAUAUCAGGAUAUGCCCGGGUUAGAUACUAACAUAGUUGAACACAAGCUACCACUAAAACCUGAAUACACUCCAAUUAAACAGAAGUUGAGAAGGAUGAGACCUGAUAUGUCGCUUAAAAUUAGAGAAGAGGUCAAGAAGCAAUUUGAUGCUGGUUUCUUAGCAGUAGCAAAAUAUCCUCAAUGGGUGGCUAAUAUUGUACCAGUUCCAAAGAAAGAUGGAAAGGUUCGAAUGUGCGUUGAUUAUCGGGAUUUAAAUAAAGCUAGUCCUAAAGAUGAUUUUCCUCUACCUCAUAUUGAUGUCCUAGUGGAUAGCACUGCUCAAUACUCUCUUUUCUCCUUCAUGGAUGGUUUCUCAGGGUACAAUCAAAUCAAGAUGGCUCCCGAAGAUAUGGAAAAAACUACGUUCAUCACACAAUGGGGGACUUUCUGCUAUAAAGUGAUGCCAUUUGGAUUGAAGAAUGCCGGGGCAACCUAUCAAAGAGCAAUGGUAACCUUGUUUCAUGACAUGAUGCAUAAGGAAAUAGAGGUUUACGUGGAUGAUAUGAUCGCAAAAUCUCGAACUGAAGAAGACCAUGUUGUUAACCUUCAAAAGUUAUUUGAGCGACUAAGGAAGUUCAAACUUCGUUUAAACCCUGCUAAAUGCACAUUUGGUGUAAGAUCAGGCAAAUUACUUGGGUUUAUCGUUAGUCAAAAAGGGAUAGAGGUGGACCCAGAUAAAGUAAGAGCAAUACAAGAAAUGCCGGCUCCACGCACUGAAAAAGAAGUUCGUGGCUUUUUGGGUAGAUUGAAUUACAUUGCAAGGUUUAUAUCGCACCUCACCGCUACAUGCGAGCCGAUUUUCAAAUUGUUGCGCAAAGACCAAAAGGUUGAAUGGAAUGAGAAUUGUCAAAAAGCUUUCGAAAAGAUUAAGCAGUACUUAUCAAAACCUCCCAUCCUAGUGCCCCCUGUUCCUGGGAAACCACUUAUUAUGUACUUAACAGUACUUGACGAGUCAAUGGGCUGCGUACUGGGGCAGCAUGAUGAAUCUGGUAGGAAAGAACAUGCUAUUUAUUAUUUGAGCAAAAAGUUCACCAGUUGUGAAACAAGAUAUUCACUACUUGAACGAACAUGUUGCGCAUUGGCAUGGGCUGCUCGUCGGUUGAGACAAUACAUGUUAUGUCAUACAACUUGGUUGGUGUCUAAAAUGGACCCAAUUAAGUACAUCUUUGAGAAACCUGCUCUUACUGGAAGGAUCGCCCGUUGGCAGAUGUUGUUAUCAGAAUACGAUUUGGUAUAUGUUACACAAAAAUCCAUCAAAGGAAGCGCACUAGCAGAGUACUUAGCCCAUCAACCGGUAGAAGAUUAUCAAUCAAUGCAGUGUGAAUUCCCCGAUGAAGACAUAAUGAAUUUAGUUGAAGAGAUUGAAUCAUCUGAUAAAGAAAAGUGGAGGUUGGUGUUUGAUGGUGCUUCUAAUGCGUUAGGGCAUGGAAUUGGAGCCAUUUUGAUUUCUCCAGAAAACCAGUUCACUCCAUUUACGGCUAGGUUGUGUUUUGAUUGUACAAACAAUAUUGCAGAAUAUGAAGCAUGUGUUAUGGGCAUUAAAGCAGCUAUUGAAUCAAAUGUAAAAUUUCUUGAGGUAUAUGGAGACUCAUUGUUGGUCAUCCAUCAGACGAAAAAAGAUUGGGAAACGCGAGAUUCUAAAUUGAUUCCGUAUCACACCCAUAUCAAAGAAUUGACAGAACAAUUUGAGAAGAUUACUUUUCACCAUAUCCCUCGAGAAGAAAACCAGUUAGCUGACGCCUUGGCCACUUUGUCGUCAAUGUUCAAAAUAACCACUAAUCAAGACGUGCCGGUCAUAAAGAUUCAACAAAGAGAUAAACCUCUAGAGAAAUUUAGAGAGGAAUUUCAGGCUAUUUCAGAGGAGAUGCAGUGCUGCUGUUAUUGUGCAGAAAACGGAGAAUGA